GAUGGCGGGAGGGGGGUGGGGGAAGCCACCUCAACGACGUCGCCGCGGCCGCCUCCGCUCGCCCCCGGCCAUGGAGGAGCCGCCGCUCCAGCAGCCGCUGCCACCCGGGCAAGACGAGGAGGAAGGGGAGGAGGAGGAAGAGACGGACGCGGAGUGGAGCUUCGUUGACAGCGAGAUGGAGGCGGUGGCGCUGCGGGACCUGCCCACCGCCACCAUCGCCUGCAAUCUGGACCCGCGCGUCUUCCAGGACGGCCCGUACCGGGCCAAAUUUGAAUCCCUGUUCCGACCCUACGACAGGGACCUCACCUUUCAGUAUUUUAAGAGCUUCAAACGAGUCCGAAUAAACUUCAGCAACCCUUUAUCUGCAGCAGAUGCCAGRCUCCAGUUGCACAAGUCAGAAUUCCUUGGAAAGGAGCUCAAACUCUAUUUUGCUCAGACUUUGCACAUCGGAAGCUCCCAUUUGGCUCCCCCAAAUCCAGACAAGCAGUUCUUGAUCUCCCCUCCUGCCUCUCCUCCUGUGGAUUGGAAACAAGUGGAGGAUGCUACUCCAGUCAUUAAUUAUGACCUUUUAUAUGCUAUUUCCAAGCUAGGACCAGGAGAGAAAUACGAGCUGCACGCAGCCACGGACACCACUCCCAGCGUCGUGGUCCACGUGUGUGAGAGCGACCAGGAGAACGACGUGGAGGAGGAAACCAAGAAACCCAAACCCAAAAUCAUCCAGACCCGGAGGCCGGAUUACGCUCCUGCCCACCUGAGCUGAGCUGCUGCUGCUUUUUCCAAGGAUUUGGAGUAGAAAACUGCCAGGGGAAAAAUUCCUUUACAGYGGAAACAGCAGCUCACAGGUUUGGUGGCACCGGCAGCAGCUGCAGGAGGAGAAAUUCCAAGCUAAGUUUGCUCCAAAUAAAGGAAUUCCAUCCUGAGUUUUGCUGCUGCAGGUUGAUCCAUGUGCUGAGGGUAUUCCCGGAUCCCUGGGAACAAAGGAUGAGGAGAAAGGUGAUGUUUUGAGACAUAACAGGACAAACUGGGGUUGUUUUGGGGGGAAAAGCAGCUGGGGGAGCUUUCCUUGUUCUGAUUCCCAUAAAUCCUCCAGCUGAUGGUCGCUUGGAAAAUCUUGGGAUAACAGAGAGGGUUGGAAAGAUUGGGGGAAUUUAACSCUUUUUCUCAUACUAGGUUUUGUGCAUGUUUCUUCUUGGUCUUCUACACUAAUUUGCUUUAUUUUCUAGAGUUUCUCCCAAGUUUCUGGAAAUCUGGGAAUCGUUUCAAGUAUUUAUUCUUAUCUCAGCAUCCCAGAAUUCCUCCUGGAGGUGUAUAUACAUUAUAUAUUUAUAUUUGUUUUUAUUGGCACUGGUUUUCCAGCAGGAUACAAUUCCACCAGCGCCUGCUUUUGGUGCUCUGGAAGUUGUGCUUUUAAAAUUUUAACCUUUGAAAUUCCUGCAGAGGGUUUUAUCUGGCAAAGCAGUGGAAAAAYGUGCAAUAGGAGAGUUGUUGGAAUACAUGGAUUUUAAAUUAUUUAAAUUCARAUAAUUUAUAUCUUCRGUAGGAUUUGUUUGGGAGCUUUGAYUUUUAGGGGCAAAAAGGACUCUAAUAAUGCUGAUGGUGCAUAUUCAGAGCAGUGGGAUUUUUCCAGUGAAAAAAGUGAUGGAGAAGCUUGAAA